UCUGUCAUUGCUGCAGUUAAAAUGCCAAGCUACAAUGCCCUUGCACGCUGCGUUCGACGAGAAAGAAAAGUAGCGGGAAUGCCGACAACACAAGUGAAGCGUUGGGUGACAUUGACAUUGGUUAUUUCCACAAACCUACAGACCGUGGCCACCCCAUAUUUAUUGCUGAUACUGGUGCCAAAGAUUCGUAUCGGAUUAUUGUGCUUGGAACAGAAGAAAGCAUCCAGCACCUGGGAAAGGCAGAAGUGUUAAUGAGUGAUGGGACGUUUAGCAUUUCGCCACCGCUGUUCACCCAGCUGUACACAAUUCACGCUGGUUUUGGCGCUACUGUUCCCUUAGUGUACGGUCUAUUGCCAAACAAAUCGGAAGUUUGUUACCGACGUUUCUUCCAUAUUGUUCACGAUGCCGUUGUUGCGAAACUGGGCUUAGAAGGGGUCAGCCCCAAGUGGAUGGUAAUGGAUUUUGAGCAAGCCGCUAUUAUUGCUUUUCGGACGGUGUUUCCAGGAUGGCGCUUGCGAGGAUGCAAUUUUCAUUUCGGUCAAAGCAUCCACCGGAAGUUGGUUGAUCUCGGCCACGGCACAUCAUACGCAACGGACGCAGCAUUUAGCUUGGCCUGCCGGAAGAUACUGGCUCUCGCGUUUGUUCCUACUGCGGAUGUGACUGAACUGUUUGAAGAAAUGGUCUUUGCGGCAGAUUUUCCAUUUCCGGCAGACAACCCGUUUCUGCAUUACUUGAGGAACACAUAUGUGGGCCGUAAAGUACUGACGCCAAAUGGAUUUAAAUUCAAAAAACCAUUGUUCCCGGUGGAGUUUUGGAACUGCGUGGAUAGACUGAGCGGUGACGUCCAUCGAACAACUAACCGACUGGAAGCGUGGCAUCAUGCUAUCGAAGAUACCAUCAAUCGAGACCAUCCAGGAAUAUAUGACUUCGUGGAUUUGAUUCGCUUAGAGGUCUCCCACCAAGAAACGAACACCGCCGAUCGAAUGGCCGGUACGUCUGGCCCUAAGCCACGGCGUAAGUACGCCGAGUUGACCAAGCGGUUGAAAAGCGUGCUUGGCCAGUACGAUAUAAUGGGGCAUUCGGAUUUUUUGCGUUCUAUUGCGUUAAACCUGGAAAUCCUUUUGAGCCGUUAAAUACAGCUACGGUAAAUGCAGCAAAUCAUAAGUUUUUCAUACAUUUUUUGUUGGCCUUAAAUAGCGUCAAACGCAUUCUCCACUGUUUUAGUGCAGGUAUAUUCAGUGUUCACGGUACUUGCUGUAUGUGUUCGUACGGAUGUUUGUAAAGUCGUUCAAGUGUAGAUUUGUGUUCAUUACUUAAUGUUUGUGCUUGACUUACGUGGUACUUGUGUGUACAUUACCGUAUUAUCGCAUACUUGUUUUUUUAGAAACUGUUCAAUUUAGUUUUGCUGCGUUAUCAUUCGCUGUCUCUAAAUGUGCCAUUCAUUGUUUCUGGAUGUAUUGUAAACUUCCUUCUAGUUUUGUUUUGUUUAUUUAUUUUGUUUAGCGUCACAACCGUUUG